GUCGGGGCAUCUGUUCUUUAACACGUGGGAGAUUAAAAAACAGUGAAAUAAUUGAUGGUUGGUCACCGCUGGAAGCUUUUGAGUUGGUCCUCUCCUUGUGAAAGUUGUGAAGCAACCAAAAAACUCUUGAGGAGCAAAGAAAGAAAUGGAAGAAAAAUCUCAAGCUGGUGAUGUGAAGAAUCCCCCAGAGAUGGAGGAAAAGGUGGUUGGCCAAAGCCAGCCUAUCAAAACAGAGGAAGAAGCAGCUAAAGAAAAGGACCCAUCUUCUUCCCAUGAUCUGCCCAACAACAGCAACAGCACCAGAAAGAUCAUGCCGGCUCAGCUUACCAUCUUCUACGCUGGGAGUGUUAGCGUCUUUGAUGCAGUUACUGCAGAAAAGGUUCGUGAACUUAUGCUUAUCGCAGCAGCUGAUGCUGCAAAUAAGACUACUGAUGUUAAGAAUGGUGGGACAAGCGGUCCACCAAGUCCACUAGUUUGUACAGGGUCGUCUUCGCUGCAAAACUCUGCUCCUGGUUCACCAGUGGUCCAGCCCUACCCUGAUCAGAAGAGUUCCAUUUGCAAACUGCAAGCUGAAUUUCCCAUAGCAAGGAGACACUCUCUUCAGCGCUUCCUGGAGAAGCGACGGGACAGGUUGGUCAGCAAGAAUCCAUAUCCUACUUCACCCGCAACACAGGUGGAUGACGAUGCUAAAAUUAACCUCAGCAAUAAUGCCUCUCCAGGUUUGGGUUGCUUCAAACAAUCUGCCAUGGUGAAGGAGGAAAUGCAACCAAGUUCUGCUACUGCCUACCCAUCUUGAACUAAUAACAAAAUUUUCACUGGAUCAUGUGGAACGUUUUAUCUUUAUUUUUAGUCUCAGCAUUGCUAUCGUACUUUCGCAAAGACCUACAUUUAACUGGUGAUUAUUAUGUUUGACGUGCCUGUUCACAUAAUCGGGGCUCAUAUGCGUACAAGUUCUCAGUUGAUUUGAAACAAAAUGAAACCUCACAUGAUAGAUUGGUGAUUUUGUGUUCAAUUGCUGAUGGAGAAUUUGUAAACAUGUUUGUUUGCCCCGUUUAUGCCAAGGCAUUUAAACUGUAUUCGGAUUUGUAUUGUGUAGCAUGACUGUUUGUUUAUGACACUGUAAACUUGCCUAGAACUAAUGACAAACUAUUUGGUGUUAA